AUGGAGAACCCAGUGGACGAAAUUCCUACCGUGAUACAUACCCUCGUACAGUCCUCGCCACUGCAACAGCAUGACGCGAUCGAGAAAUACUACGCGCGCAGCGCCGAAUUCGUACACCCGCUAUGCAGAACUUGGAAAUGGCACAACUCAAGGUUUCUUAUCCAUGCUAUCUACAGAUGGUAUAAGGUCAUGUGUCCUGGCGUCGAGAUUACCGUGAACUCCGUCGCUUUCGAUGAGGAAAACCUCAUCCUCUACGUCUCCUUGACAGAAACUCUUCGCAGCCGGCUCCUCCCCUUCUACCGCACUCCCGUUUCCAUGGUAGCUGUUAUCCGUCUUGAGUACCAUCCUCCCAACAAUAAAUACUACAUCAAGAGCAAGAACAACCUGUAUCAGCAAGACCAGUUGGUUAAAUUUAUCCCCCUUAUACCCGGCCUGCCGCUUUUGGUGAUGAUGAUGCAAUACUUGGGAACAGUAGUGGCUUUGUUCAUGGCCCUGCUGUUACUACCGGUCACUGUGGUGAAGGAGUUGUGGUCUUCGCAGGGUAUGAGGGAGGGAAUGGUGAACGGGGUUCAGCAGUGGGUGGGAAAGAAAGGAGGCAGCUAUGGAGGUCAGAAGAUGGAUUUGCCGAACGGGCUUCCGCCGAAGAAGACCAUUCGGAUUGUGAAUACUUGA